AUGGAUAUACACUCAGAUCCAACCACUGCAAGAUCAACUUCAUUGCCUUUCUAUUCAUCUUCUUCCAGUCAGCGCCAGAUUUAUCUGCGGCCUUCAUCUCCGGCGAGUUGGUCCGGCGCAGCUUUCAGUCAAUUUCUUUCACUAUCGAGAAGUGUUUGUGGCUUUCUCCGAUUAUCAUCAGGAAUUACAAUAAUACCUCGAGCAGCAACAACUGUUUCUAAUGUGGAGGAUGGAAAUCAAGGUGAGACAGACACAAUCCCAACUCCAAUAGUUAUAAUUGAUCAAGACUCUGAUCCAGAUGCAACUGUAGUCGAGAUUACAUUCGGUGAUCGCCUUGGUGCUCUUCUUGACACUAUGAAUGCAUUGAAAAACUUGGGGCUGAAUGUUGUGAAGGCAAAUGUGUAUCUUGAUUCCUCUGGCAAGCAUAACAAGUUUUCCAUCACAAAAGCUGAUAGUGGAAGAAAAGUGGAAGAUCCAGAGUUGUUAGAGGCAAUUCGUUUGACAAUUUUAAAUAACAUGAUCACAUAUCACCCGGAAUCAAGCGCUCAAUUAGCUUUGGGAGCAGCUUUUGGACUUAUGCCUCCAAAGGAGCAGGUUGAUGUGGACAUAGCAACACACUUAACAGUGUCUGAUGACGGUCCAGAUAGAAGUUUGUUGUAUGUUGAGACAGCUGAUAGGCCUGGAUUAUUGGUUGACCUUGUAAAGAUUAUUACUGACAUUAACAUUGCUGUUGAAUCCGGUGAAUUUGACACUGAGGGGCGGUUGGCUAAGGCAAAGUUUCAUGUCAGCUACAAAGGUAAAGCCAUCAUCAAGCCUCUUCAACAGGUUGUUGUUAACAGCUUGAGAUAUUUCUUGACACGCCCUACAACUGAGGAAUCCAGUUUUUAGAUCAAUUG